GAAGUUCAGCACUACUUCCGGGUCGGACUCUUUCCUCUGCUACACAACAUGGCGGCCUCCUUCAACCUGCAGUGCUCGGUGCUCCGCAGGGCGCUGACAGGAGCUUUCUACCUCCACAACCGGACACCGGGGGCUCCUGCCGCCGUCACCGGGCUCCGGUUUGUUGGUAAAGCGGCUUCAGAAGAGAAGAAAGCGGCGAUAAUAGAGUCCACGGAGGAAUACAAGUUCGUAGAGCGGCUCAUCCCGCCCUCACGGAUCCCGACUCCGCCUAAACACGACGGUGUCACCCCAUCCGGCUGGACUCCUCCGGCGGACUCACCGCCGCCUCUGCCCUACAUGAUCCGUCGCUCCCGUAUGCACAACGUCCCCGUUUACACCGACCUGGUCAGCGGAAGCCGCAAGAUGACGCUGGUACGGAAGGUGGAGGGAGACAUCUGGGCCCUGGAGAAGGACGUGAAGCAGCACCUGAAGGAGGUGACGGGGAAGGAGCUGCCCACACAGGUCAACGAGGUCACCAUGACCCUGAAGGUCAAAGGUCACUUCGAGACGGAGCUGAAGGAGUGGCUGAUCAGUAAAGGGUUCUGACUGAGGAGCUGAAGGAAGGACAGAUGCUGACGCUCAACAUCUGGAGACUUUCUCCUGCAGGAUUCAAACACAUGGACUUAGAGCGGCGGACUCCAGCUGCGUUAAUGAACUCUGACAAGAGAGAGACUUUUAUGUUAGACAGUUUAUUUACCAUUGUGUAAUCAAGGUGACAUUAAACCUACAAAAUACAAACACAGCA